AUGCGGCUAUUUAGGGCUUCUUCCCAAACGACGAAACAAUUUAUCGCGCAAAAAAGCGAGCAAUUGUCUAAAUCCGUCGCCGCGGCGACGACUUCUGCGUUGUCUUUCGCCGCCGCGCCUCGCGAAGCUUUCGCGAGCGCGAACGAGUCCAUCUCUGACGUCGCUUUGGCGAACGUGAACAUUUUGGGCGUCAUCGCCGUCGCGUUGUUCAUUAUUAUCCCGGUGUCCUUUUUGGUCAUCUUGUACGUGAAAUCCACGGCGGAAGGCAACGUUUCCGGUGGUUUCUCGCAAUCGUACUACGACGAGUCGAAGAAGAUGGGAAAGAAGUUGACGAACGAAGCCGCCGUGCUGAAAGGCAAAGGGACUGGCAUGAGACCGGAGAAGUAA